AUGGGGGUCGACGUCUUCGACCUGCCCGCCGGCGGCAUCCCGGCCAGCGAGCGGGGCCAGCAGGAAGCCUUGCCGCCGCAGGUCCUCGAGUGCAUCCGAGGGCGGCACGGCCUCCAGGAGUUCGCGGGCGGCCGGCGGCUCCUCGACCCCGAGUACUACGGCGCGGACGGCGAAGCCGGUGAUGCGGCUCUGAUGGGGUCCUCCUCUUCUUCAGGGGGACCGGCGGCGGCGGCGGCGGCGGCGGGCGGCGGGGAGAAGAAGGAAGGCGGCGACGGCACCGCCGCAAAAAGCCGGCUGCUGUUCCCAGGCCUCCGCCUCCUGCACGCUGAGCCGCCCGUCAUCGGCGUCAGCGACUUCUUCACCGACGAGGAGUGCGACGAGUACAUCUCCAGGUCCGUUUCGCCGCCGCCGCCGGCUGCCGUAACGUCGGGGGCGGGGGCGGGGGCUGCUGCGGCGGCGACGGGGAGCGGGCCGCACAUGCAGCGGAGCGCCACGCUGGGUGCCGACGUGGACGCCGUGGCUCAGCGAACGUCCACCACUUGGUUCCACCGGUUUUCGGCGGUACCGGAGCUGAUGGCGAAGGCCUCCGCCCUGGUGGGAGUUCCAUUCGAAGAGGGGCGAUGGGAAGAGGCGCAGACGGUGCGGUAUCGCCCGGGGGAGAAGUUCACCUGGCACUUGGACGCGCUGCCACCGGCCCCCGACCUGGCCUCCAGGGGGGGGCAGAGGAUCGCCACCCUGCUGGUGUAUCUCACGGAGAUGCCCGAGGGGGACGGCGGGGCGACGGCGUUUCGAGACCUGGGGCCUCUUCGUGUUCGUCCCCGUAAGGGGUCCGCUCUGCUGUUCUUCCCGUCCUUGGGGGGUGCCCCGGACUGCCCUUUCGACAUCCGAACGCUACACGCUGGGGAGGUGGUUAGACCGGGGGCGGAACAGGACAAGUGGAUCGCGCAGCUGUGGCUCCGAGAGAGCCGGUACACUCCAACGGUCCCCAAGCAAAACAGACACGAACACGCUGCUGCGGUGGUGGCAGAGUUCGACAAGAUUUGGCAGGGCUAGUGUAGCCUGCUUAGCGGCCCUGUCAGUGCUAGUGUGUUGCUGCUUGUACCGUGCUUGCGCGGUUGAGUCGAUCGACUGGGUGGCGAAGGAUUUCGGCCGUUUCGGGAGGAGUUGUAUUCGUACGUCGACAGGGGUGUGUAUCGAGGGGAAACGUACGCGUCUAUUUCGAAUGACGAAGCUCAUUCGGUGGUCGCGGAGUGCUACAAGGCUUGGUGGCGUUGCGCUGUUAGCAUCCCUGUCAAGAACUAGUAGAUCGCGGUUGGCCCGUGCUGGAGUCAAACGUUCGGGUGUCAACGGAUUUGGCGUUAAUUUUUUGUUCACGUUCAUU